ACCUCUGGUCACCCCCGCUGCACCGCCUAUGGUCACCCCCGCAGCACCGCGCAGGCCUGAGGUGGACUGAUCCAAUCAAGAGAAAAAGGGCCAGCUCGUCUGCUCCAGCCUCAGUCUGCACGACUCCCCUCACACACACACACCACCACCACAAGAAAGGACAUCAGCAAGUCCACCAGAGGGAGAAGAGAUGGCGGAGCGCUACGAUUGCCACUACUGCAAGGAGUCCCUGUUUGGGAAGAAGUAUGUGCUGCGCGAAGAGAACCCCUACUGCACCAAGUGCUAUGAGAGCCUGUACUCCAACACCUGCGAGGACUGCAAGAAGCCCAUCGGCUGCAACAGCAGGGAUUUGUCCUACAAGGAUCGCCACUGGCAUGAGGACUGUUUCCACUGCUUCAAGUGCAAGCGCUCCCUGAUGGACAAGCCCUUCUCCACCAAAGACGAGCAGCUGCUGUGCACCGAGUGCUACUCCAACGAGUACUCCUCCAAGUGCCACGACUGCAAGAAGACCAUCAUGCCAGGCUCUCGGAAGAUGGAGCAUAAGGGCAACAGCUGGCAUGAGACCUGCUUCACCUGCCAGCGCUGCCAGCAGCCGAUUGGCACCAAGAGCUUCAUCCCGAAGGAGAGCCACAACUUCUGUGUGCCCUGCUACGAGAAGCAGUUCGCCAUGCAGUGUGUGCAGUGCAAAAAGCCUAUCACCACGGGCGGAGUGACCUAUCGUGAGCAGCCGUGGCAUAAAGACUGCUUCCUGUGCACCGGCUGUAAGCAGCAGCUCUCCGGACAGCGCUUCACCUCUCGGGACGACUUCGCCUACUGCCUCAACUGCUUCUGCAGCCUGUACGCCAAGAAGUGCGCCUCCUGCACCACCCCCAUCAGCGGUCUCGGUGGGAGUAAGUACAUCUCUUUCGAGGAGCGCCAGUGGCACAACGACUGCUUCAACUGCAAGAAGUGCUCCGUGUCCCUGGUAGGCCGUGGCUUCCUGACGGAGAGAGAUGACAUCCUGUGUCCAGAGUGUGGCAAAGACAUCUGAUGACGGACAGAGAGGUCCAGAGGGAUGGAUAUUCCCAACGCACCGACUGAAUGCUUAGCACUCUCUGACAAAAUGCUCAAAGCACAUUUAAAUGGAGGUUUUCGACAGCUUCUUUCAAUUCACUAACAGGUUUAUUGGGUGGAUGAGUAUUAUUAAAAAUCUAAUUUAUGUUGUGAGUUUUGAUGAUUAAGAAGGCUUUUCUGCAUGCAAAGCCUCCGAUGACUGAACUCUAAGAAGAAAUGUUAUAAUGUUAUAAUAAUGUUACAAUUCACUGCACUAUGCUGAUAAAGAUUUGUUUGCUAAAAUGUAUACAAUAUUCUAAAGAAUGGAUCUAAUUGUGUGGUUUGCUUACUGGCCUGAUUUAGUUGGUCUGAUUAAUUUAUUAUGAGGUGUAUUAGGUAAGGGAUAAUCAACAACGCACCGUGCGUUUAUAGGAAAAUAAUGCACAUUCGAAGUGGUAAUAAGGUCCUGGCCUUUUGGCCUUUACAUUUCCAUAAGUGCAUUAUUUUCCUAAAUGCACGGCACGGAGUUGAUUAUCCCGCUUAUACCACUGCUACUCUCAUUUUCGUUUAUAUUGCCGCUGUCUUAGAUACAACGUUGCUGUUUUUACCGUUACAUUCACAUUGGUGAAUUGAUAUUCAAGUGUGAUGAUAAGCCCCAAAAAAAGGAACUACUUCAUAGCCGUGCGUAUAUCGAAAAAUAAUGCACGUUCCAAAUAGCGCAUCACAAUAGGAAAUUUGACCAAGCAGUGGUAACAUGUUUUCUAAUAUACUGUACCUCAUAACAAAUAAAUCAGACCAAGAUCAACACAAGAUUUUGUACGUGUAAGGAGUUGACACUAGUUUGAUAGAAAAUCAAUAUGUGCUUUGUCAAUAAAUCAA